AUGACUGUCUUACACUCAGAGCCCUCCACCUCAACCAAGGCAGCACGGGCAGCUCCUGCACAGACCCUGGAGUUCAACCCCUGUCUGGAUGAAGAUGAGGUGGUCCCCAGGGCCAGGCAGGGCCUCCUGGGGAAGAUUCCCUCUCUCCUUCCGGGUGAGAUCCUCAUCGAGGAGGACAUCUCCUUUCGCAGCACUCCCAGGGACACCGUCAUGAGCCCCCAGACCCUGAAGCUUAUCCUCCAGGGCAUCAUGCGCCGACUGGAGGCCUCAGAGUUCCCCCUGGCCAUGAUGGCCAACGACCCCUUCAGGCUGAUGAAGAAUCUCUUUGUGGAGGUCCAGCAUGCCCUGAAGUAUGCUGACAUCUCUGUCCUCUUCAGCCUGGAGGAGAGCAUACAAUUCAGGGGGGAAGAUGCAAUGAAGGCCAUCGUGAAGGCUGCGGCUAAAAGGUUGGAUUCCAACCAGGCUCAACUGCGUGCCGCACGCUAUGGUGGCGAGGUAGCCGUCUGUUGCAUGGCAGAUACCAUCGCGCACGUCAUAGGCGACUACGCCCAGGACUGGAGUUCUGACGGCCAUUUUGGAGCGAGGAGGAGCCUUGGUAGUGGGAGGUCACGCUCCUCCUCAAGCUCCUCAAAGAGUGACAUCACCCUCACAGAGGAACUCUUGGCCCAGGGGGAAACCCUAGAAGAGGACCAAGAGGAGGUGGCUGCGAUCGACGACAACAAGAAAUGUGACUCUGCUAGCUUGGAGAAGGCCAGCAGCAGCUCCCUCUCCGCAGACCUUGUGGACAGCACCUCCACACAGAAGACAGUGAAGGAUGAGGCUGUGAAGGAAGGAGUGAGGAAGUCAGGAGAGGGGAAGCGAGGUCGCAAGAAGACCCUGAAGAAGAACAAGGUGUCUCCCCUUGGCACUGAUGGUAAGUCCUCCCUUCUGUCAGUCCACAU